GAGCGAAGCGGCCUAGAGGUCUUCGCCGAAAUCGUGUGUGUGAGGCCGGCGGCCGGCAGGAGAGGCGUCCGGGUUGGACUGGCCCGAGAGGGAGCCCCUUUCCCGAACGGCCGGAGGAGGCCACCUAGAGGGCGGACAGAGGCAGGGAGGGCCAGCAUGCCCCCAAUGCUCUUCCCCGCCCUGCCGCUGCUCCUGGGCGCCACGCUGACCUUCCGGGCGCUCCGGCACGCGCUCUGUCGCCUGCCUCUGCCUGCGCACGUGCGCGCCGACCCCCUGCGCACCUGGCGCUGGCACAACCUUCUCGUCUCCUUCGCCCAUUCCAUUGUGUCAGGGAUCUGGGCGCUGCUGUGUAUAUGGCAGACCCCUGAGAUGCUGGUGGACGUUGAGAGCGCAUGGUCGCUUUCUGGCUAUCUGCUUGUUUGCUUUUCCGCAGGGUACUUCAUCCACGACACACUGGAUAUUGUGGUUAGCCAACAGGCACGAGCUUCUUGGGAAUACCUCGUCCACCACGUCAUGGCUAUGGGUGCCUUCUUUUCAGGCAUCUUUUGGAGCAGAUUUGUUGGUGGGGGCGUCCUAACACUGCUGGUGGAGGUCAGCAACAUCUUUCUCACAAUACGCAUGAUGAUGAAGAUCAAUAAUGCCCAGGACCUCCUCCUCUAUCGAGUCAACAAAUACAUCAACUUGUUUAUGUACUUUCUUUUCCGACUGGCCCCUCAGGCGUACCUCACCCAUUUCUUCCUGGGUUACGCCGGCCAGAGGAACCUGGGAACCUUUCUGCUGGGCAUCCUGCUUAUGCUGGACGUCAUGAUCCUCAUCUACUUUUCCCGCCUCCUCCGCUCUGACUUCUGCCCCCAAGGUUUCCCCAGCCGGCAACACAAAGACAAGUUCUUGAUUGAGUGAAAAACGCAGUUAGGGACUUGUGGUAAGGACAGCAAACACAGCCAAGAACACCCUCACACGGACUGAGAAGAGACUUAUUAGCCCCUUGCCUGAGGUGUCCUCUGGGGCCAGCCACUCCACCUUUCAAGCCUGCACCCACUAUUGAAAACACUAAUGAAAGCA